AGCAGAUCACUCUACCAAGAGCACUCAAACUCAAGACAGAGAAAAAUGUCUUCCUCCGAGAGAGCUUUCAUGGACGACCCUUUCUUUGAGAACACCUACUUCUUGUGGCCCAGACAUCGCAUGCCUCUUUCCAGCUUCAGAGAGGAUUUUCUCCACCGUAGAGCCCAAAUAAUGCAGAACCUGAGGAGUGAGAUCAGAGACAGUUUGCUGAAUGAACUUUGUGAAGAUUUCUUCCAAACUUUAGAUGGUUCCUCAACCUUCUCCAGGCUCUUUAGCACUGACCCAGAGCAGAAGAAGCAGCGGGAUGUGUCUCUUACUCUGGACACCCGAGGCUUUUCUCCAGAGGAUGUGAGUGUCACAGUGUCUGGACGAAGGCUGGAGGUGAUGGCUGGUAAGCGGGCUGAGAAAAAUGCUUCUUCGUCAUCUGCUGAGUCCCAGGCUCAAGAGUUUGUUCAGGCCGUGCAGCUUCCUGAUCACCUGGAUGCAGCUUCAUUGACCUGCUCCCUUGGUGAUGAUGGACUCCUGCAUAUUGAGACACCAGAAGAAUCCAAAAACGAGUCCUCAGAGGAGCACGAUGUUCCCAUUCGCUUCAGGACAUCCCUCGAUUUCCCCAUCAACAAGGACAGAUCGAACAAAACAGAGGAUGAGAAGUCAAACUAGAACAGACUGAUGGCAUAUUCUGCAUUGUAUAGUUGUUUUCAUGAAUCCAGUGGAUGAUCUUGCUGUAAAUGUAAAUUUGUUUUGUUUUAAUAAAUAUGUUAAUCUGUAUGACUUAUGACUGCAUAAAGUAUUUAUAUAUGUUUUCUUUAGCAUAGAAAUAUCAAAGUUUUGAAUUACGGUCUGCUGGAUGUGCAUUUAUACACUGUAAAACCCAACAGUCAACUUUAUCAAAUGAAAUGAGUGUAGUUAACUCAAAAUUGACUGAAAGUUAAUUCUACUCAUUUGAAAAGAGUUUUGAACUCAGUGUUGAAGGUAAUGAGUUAAAUACCUCAUUACUUCAACUUAAAUGGAGUAAGUUCACCUUACUUAUUAGGAUUUUUUUUAACUCAAAUAGUUUGUAGAAUUCGAUUUCCUCAAACGGUUUGAGUUGCCUUAACCUACUAAGUUUUACAGUACUCAGUUGGUUUGAGUUCUCUUCAUUUAUUGGGUUUUAUUGUGCUCAAAUUGCUUCAUUACUCAAAUGGAUUAAGUUCACAGUGCUCAUUAGGAUUAGUUUUUUGAACGUAAAUGGUUUGUUGCAAUCAGUUUCCUCAAAUGGCUUGAGUUACCUUAACUUUUUGUGUUUUACAGUGUAUAACUGCCAGUUUGGAGUACUGUUUUAACAAAUGUCAGUUCUCUGAAAGGGUAAAGAUAGGGUGAAAAAUUAUUAGAAUAAUACAAAUGUAUUAUGCAUUUUAAAUUGCCUAAUAAUCAUUUUGUAAAAGUUUGUGCAUGGGACGACCUCUUACAUCUAUUUUAAUAUUUUACCUUUUGUGUUACAAUAACUAAAUAUAACUGCAUUUGCAAAUGUUUUAUUUGAUUUAAUACAAUAACACAUUGGCUGAUGCAUCAUCAUCAUCCUGCACAUGCUAAACUUUAUAAAUAUGAUACAAAUUAAAAGAAAAUACAUGUUGUUCUUAA